CGAAUAUUCACCAUUUUCAAGAUCUAUUUUCAAAAAUGUCUCAUCAUGACGUCAAAGCCCUGGGAACACUCGAAACUAUCCCACUAGAGAUUCAGCAGCUGAUCUUCGAAUUCUUAUGCCCGCAUUGCUGCAGUAAUUCUCCCUUUGACUUUUCCCAGACGUCUUACCACCGCGACUUCAACUCUCUGGCCCUUACGUCCAAAAGUCUACGCCCACUAGCUCAGUCCUUCUUGGUUCACCAGCCACAUGAAUACCUGGGCAUGGCAGACCUUUUUCACCUCCUGGACACACAACCUCAGCUAGGAGCUCACGUCAAAGAGGUCGAAUUGAAUUUCGGGAAGCCAAAGCCUGAGGAGUUGAAGUUCUUCAAGCGAAUAGCAAGCAGGUUACUUGUGGCUGCUGGAAAUGACCCCGACCUUGAAGAGAGCAACCUGGAAGGCCUUGUCAAGGAGACAUUUGAUACCGAAUUGCUCAUGGUUCUGGCACCUGAGAUUGAAGCACUAAGGGUAGAGAUAUGGGACUGGGAAGAAUCUACCUGGGAGUAUUGGCCUCAAACAGAUUUACAGUUUCUGUCCAAACGACUGAAGAAACCAGGCUAUAGCCCUGGGUUUGAAAGUGUUCGUUAUCUUGAGUUUGAGCGGCCAUGCCGCUGCGUUACCAACCUUUCCAGUCCGACCAUCCCAACCCUGCUAAGCGCCACACCCAACCUACGACACUUGAAGUUGAUUCAAAUAAUAGGGAAUCCUUCACGACAUACAUUCGACUUCAAGAACAUUCAACCAGCUUUACAGAGCUUGACGACAAUCGAGCUUUCGUAUUGUACCUUCGACGGCGAAUCGGAAACGUCCGAUUUUGGGCUUCUUCGACAGAUGCUUCAAAGCGCUCUGGCUCUAAAGUGCUUUAAAUUUAUUGCAGGGCGGUCUGCUGGUGCUCCUUCUUUCGUGGAGCACGAAGUACCGCCAAGCGCAUUCAUAGCCGCUCUCCGGCCACGACGCGCACAUCUGAGACACCUCCAACUGGACUUCUCGGAUUUCCCCUAUUUUGAGUCCAUUGAAAAAUCAGAACUGAGCCAAUUUUCCUCGCUGGAAACACUCGAGCUAUCCAUUGACUGUGUUGAGACGUGUCGUUUGGAGACGAAACAAUUGAGCACCCAGAUAAUUUGUGCUUAUCUACAAUGAUCCCACUGACUGUCAAACGGCUCAGUAUCAACCAAGGAUAUUGUGGAAUGGACUUUACAAGUGGUAUUCAACAUCUCAUUAAAAAGUAUGCCGCGGGUGGCUUCCCAGCUCUCGAGCGUCUCGAAAUUGAGAGCCUGAAUGGCUUACCCGGAUCCGAUGAGACUGAUGUCUCUGCUUUUGAUCCAUUUCUGGGUCCGUUGGAGAUAAUUUCGCAAUUGUUGAAGGGGUCUUCUGUGUCUUUGCGCUUGAAAGGACCGAUUUAUGCCGCGGUUAAACGGGCAAUAGGGGACAGACUUUCGUGGAUGAACGUGGACGACAUGCAUCAAGACUAAGUUAGAUUCUUAACGAAUUGAGACAGCUAGCGUUCGGCAGAUCAUGUCAUAUGAAACCUUCGCAUGAUCAAUCUCGUAUUGCAUUGUCAAGGGACACGUUCUUGGCAUCGACAAC